AUGAAACAUAAGUAUUCAAUUACGUGCAAAUAUUUUUCAAAUCCAAAAUAUUGUGAAUUUCCAAUAUGUUCAAAUAAUAACGAUUCAUCACCAUCAUUAGUAGAUACAAAUAUUUUAUUUAUUGAUGAUAAAUUACCCACCAUAAUUUUAAACUUUUUGGCUCUUCAACUAAUUGACUUUUUAAAGGAAAAUAUUACAAAAAUAUAUGUUAUAGGUUUAAGUGAUAGGUUAACUUCAUUUAAGGAAAUAAUAGAUGGUUCAAUUCAGAAUAAUGAUUGUAUCACUAAUUUUGUGCCCCCUGAAUUUAUCUCUAAUAUAGCUGCGUCAUUUGUUAAUUUGCGCCCUAAAAACACCACUGUCUGGUUGUUACCCAGUGAAGGACCUAUUGGAUUUGAAAAAAUCAAUCCCGAAUAUAUUGAGCUACUUGCAUUAAAAAUAAUGGAUAAUUUAUCUGUUCCAAGGGAUUUUGUACACCAUUGUUUGAAAAAUUGGAGUGAAAAUAAUGGUAGCCAUGUCACAACUCUAUAUAUAUGA